AUGAAAUUGACAUUUUAUAUGAAUAUUUAUUUACACAUUUAACUCAUUAAGAGUUCAAUUAUUAUAAGACAGUAAUUUUAGUUAGGAUUUAAAAGAACAUUUUUUAUUUAUAAAACAAAACGAAGAAACAAAAUGGUUGAAGCUACAACAAAAGUAGAUUCAGAUACCGAUUUGGAAUGGAUUCAAGUAAAGAAAACCUUUGGGGAAAUUGGAGAGCUCCCUGAAACAACGAAGGAGAAGAUGAUUCGCAAAAUGAAAGAAAAUCCUCUUGUGCCUAUAGGUUGUUUAGCAACAGCGGGAGCAUUAACUUUUGGUUUAUAUAGCUUCCGGAAGGGUGAUCGGCGAAUGUCGCAGGUAAUGAUGAGAACGCGCAUAUUAGCACAAGGGUUUACUGUUUUGGCUCUUAUUGGGGGAGUGGCGUUUUCCUAUUCAAAAAAAUAAAAUAAUUUAUCAUUGUUAGUUAGUUUUAUAGAAUUAAAUAAAUAAGAUUAUUAAAAA